AUGGAGGAGAAAGUGUUGAAGUUGGAUGAAUUACAAGAGUUGUUGGAAGCUCAUGAACAAUGUUUACAUGAGAGGGUAGAAGAGAAAUCCAACUCAGAACAAGAUUUGUUGGUGAAACAACACCAAAAGGAUGAGGGUAAUGGAAGAAAAUCUAACAAGAGAGGUUGUGGAAGAAGUUUGAGAGCCAGAAACAGUGAUGAUCGAGAAUUUCAUGGUAAUGACCCUGAACCUGCUUUUGUUAGUGCAAUCCUCACUUUGAGAUUCAACCAUGAAGCCUUUGUUUCAACUGGAAGCACACAAUUAAGUCCAGUUUUUGUUGCUGGAAACAAUCUACUUCUCCAGUGUGCCGUUUGUCACUGCAAAAUGCUUCUGAAUCAGAGCAUAAGAAGAGAGAGUGAGGAGAAGAGGAUAGGAGGAGAACACAUGAUAGUUAUGUCCUCUUCUACAUGGUUCACUUCACUUCCACGAUUUCUUCCUUCUUCUUUCACCAAAACCGCUAAAUCGUCACCAAAGUUCUGCAUGAGCAUGAGUGAGGAUCCGGUUCGUGAAUGGAUUCUUUCAGAAGGGAAAGCUACAAAGAUAACCAAAAUUAGCCCUGUUGGUGGGGGCUGUAUCAAUCUUGCUAGUCGCUAUGACACUGAUGCUGGUUCAUUCUUUGUUAAAACAAACCGGAGUAUUGGACCAUCCAUGUUUGAAGCAGAGGCUCUUGGCUUAGGAGCUAUGUAUGAAACCGGGACUAUCCGUGUACCUAAGCCGUAUAAGUUUGGACCGCUACCUACUGGUGGUUCUUUCAUAAUCAUGGAAUUCAUACAAUUUGGUGCAUCUAGAGGUUAUCAGUCUGAACUAGGGAGGAAGCUUGCUGAAAUGCAUAAAGCAGGAAAGUCCAGUAAAGGCUAUGGUUUUGAUGUUGAUAACACCAUUGGCAGCACUCCACAAAUAAACACCUGGUCAUCAGAUUGGGUUCAAUUUUACGGAGAUCAUAGAUUGGGUUACCAGUUGAAGUUGUUAUUGGACCAAUUCGGUGACAGAACCAUUUAUGAAAAAGGACAGAGACUAGUGAAAAACAUGGGACGCCUGUUUACCAACGUGGAGAUAGAACCAUGCUUACUACACGGAGACCUCUGGAGUGGAAACAUUAGCUCUGACAAAAAUGGAGAACCUGUCAUAUUGGACCCUGCAAGUUAUUAUGGACACAGUGAAGCAGAAUUUGGUAUGUCAUGGUGUGCUGGUUUUGGAGGCUCAUUCUAUAAUUCUUAUUUUGAGGUGAUGCCUAAACAGCCAGGCUUUGAGGAGAGGAGAGACCUUUACAUGCUGUAUCACUAUUUAAAUCAUUACAAUCUCUUUGGUUCUGGAUAUCGAUCAUCUGCCAUGUCUAUAAUUGAUGAUUAUCUUGCAUUUUUAAGAGCUUAG